AUGUUCGGAUUCGACGAGGCCAAGCAGCACCGCGACGAGGUCUACGAGGGCACCCCUCACGAGUCCAAGCUGUCGCACGAGCUCCUCGCUUCGGCUGCCAGCUUCGAGGCCAUGCACCUGUGGGAGAAGAAGCAGCGCGAGUCGGGCCAGCCCGUCAACCACGGCCUGGCCAAGGAGAUGCUCGCCGCCGCCGCCGGCUUCGAGGUCGACAAGCUGGUCGAGACCAAGGGCCUCGACUUUAUCGACCGCGAAAAGGCAAAGCACCACGCCAAGCAGCAGGCCGAGCGCAUGUACGAAGAGCAGUAUGGUGGUUACAACGAGUACAACCCUCAGGAGCAGAGGCCGCAUCGCCACAUGCAGUAA